GAGACCCACAGGGCCCCAGCAACAGGACAGCCAGAGGGGGAUUCCCAUAGGCACCCAGUGAACUUAGGGGUGUGACAGAUGCACGGAAAGGGGAACCGGGGCAAAAGGAGUCAGUAGGGGACAGUGCCAGCUGUGUAGGUACCUUGAUGCUGGGAUGGAGUUUGGGGUUUGCCAUGAAUACAAGGAAAAAUCAGUGAGGAGUUUUGAACGGAAAUGACACAAUCUGAUUUGGGCCUUGGGAAUGUCUCUCUACGCCGGUGUGGAAACAAGAUGGGGGGGGCACCUUGGAGGAGGCCUUGGGGAGAGUCCUCCUGUACUAAUGCAGCCUUGGUCAGGAGCCCUCCCCAGGAGGCCAGGGGAAAGCUGACUUGCCCCCAGAACACGUGCUGCAGAAGCCAGAGCAGCCCCAGCUGCGAAAGAUGGUGGAUGGUUGUUGAAGGAAUGAUGGGGGGUGAUAGCAGGCAGGGUAGCACCCACACCCACCCUCACCUAUGGCCCCCGCUGAAUGGCACUUUUUUUGCAGAAGGAAAGAAAAGCCAUGGUCCCACAAAGCGCCAGCGGAAGACGCAGAAACUGAGUGUCGCCUACGAAGCCUCAGAUAAUGAGAAAGGAGAAGGCGCCAAACCCCCAGAGGCACCAGGCUGGGAGCCCCCGGACUGGCAGCAGCAGCUAGUAAACAUCCGCACCAUGAGGAGCGGGAAGGACGCACCUGUGGACCAGCUGGGUGCUGAGCACUGCUAUGACCCCAGUGCACCCCCAAAGGUGCGGAGAUACCAGGUGCUGCUGUCCCUGAUGCUCUCCAGCCAAACCAAAGACCAGGUGACAGCAGGCGCCAUGCAGCGGCUGCGCGCUCGGGGCCUGACGGUGGACAGCGUCCUGCAGACGGAUGACAGCACGCUGGGCGCGCUCAUCUACCCCGUAGGCUUCUGGAGGAGCAAGGUGAAGUUCAUCAAGCAGACCAGUGCCAUCCUGCAGCAGCGUUAUGGCGGGGACAUCCCAUCUUCAGUGGCAGAGCUGGUGGCACUGCCAGGCGUUGGGCCCAAGAUGGCGCACUUGGCUAUGGCGGUGGCCUGGGGCGCCGUGUCUGGCAUCGAAUCGCCAACAGACUCGGGUGGGCCAAGACGGCGACCAAGUCCCCGGAGAAGACCCGUGCGGCGCUGGAGGCCUGGCUGCCCCGGGAGCUUUGGAGUGAGAUCAACGGACUGUUGGUGGGUUUCGGCCAGCAGACGUGUCUGCCUGUCCGCCCGCGUUGCCAGGCCUGCCUCAACCGAAGCCUGUGCCCAGCUGCACGGAGCCUCGGCGGGCCGUGAAGCCUGGACCUGGAUGCCAUGCACCAGCCGACCGUGAGCCUUUGCUGGGGGAGCCACAGCCUGUUUUCUAAUAAAGCUUGGGAAUUGUUUGCA